GCGUCUGGGGGGGUCUCGCUCCCAGGCUGCAGCGCCCCAGAGCCCUGUGGCUCCUUCAACGGUUUUAUUUGGGCGCCCGCUUCCUCGGGUGCGCGCAGGGGGAGCGUCCGUUUGGCAGGGAUCUAUCUGACACCAUGGCACCAUCCAAGAAGAAAACAAACAAUGGUACCAGCAAAAACAAUGUGAAAAAGAAAAAGCUGGCUGCAUUUUUAAAGGACUUUGACUGUGAAGUCCAAACUAGAAUUGAUCAGAUACAAACAAAUGGGCGAAGUCUUCUCAAGGAGUUGGAUAAUCUUUAUAACAUAGAAAACCUCAGACUUCCUCUAGCACUGAGAGAGAUGAACUGGCUUGACUACUUUGCUAAAGGAGGAAGUAAAAAGGCCCUAGAAGAAGCAGCAACGGCAGAUUUGGAGCUAUCAGAAAUAAGCAAACUAACAGCAGAAGUUAUCCAGACACCUUUGAGACUUGUCAAGAAAGCUGAAAAAUCCAAACAGGAUAUUGAUGCCAUUGAAGAAGAAACAGAACUAAAAUUGCUUCCUGUGGCAAAGAAGAGCAAACAGGAUAGCAAAGCCCUUGAAGAAUCAGAAUUAGAACAUGAAAAUGUUAAUCCCAAAACAGGGAAGAUGAAGACAUCAACCAAAAAGGUGGCAGUUUCUAAAAGCAGAAGACCUCCAUCAGCGAGAGUGAAACGCAUUAGCAAAAGGUCAAGCAAAAAUAACUUUGUCACUCCCGCCCUUGGCCGUGUCACUGAUGCCUGCACACGGGGAUGGACCUCCACUGUCACCCCCAAGUUUGAUUCCCGGCUUUUCAAGACACCAGGUCUUCGCACCCCUGCAGCACGUGAACAUGUUUAUAUCGUUUCUGCAAACGGCAGCCCUCUUGCUAACAGCAAUGACGUCAUUAUUACAGUCCCUGUUGGAGAUGGGGAGAACAUUCGUUUAGCAGCUAGUGAGCUGACCAGAACAAAUUUGAGUCAUCUUAAUGCAGAGACCCUGGGAAUUAUGAAGAAGUUAUCAGUUCGUCUUGCACAAGCAUGCAGCAGCACAAAGACCUAAAGAUGAAACUUCAAGGAUAUUGACUUUCUUUAUAAAUCUGGAACAUUAAUUUUAGAACUGCAACCUGAAUUUUUACUCUAUUUUUUACCUUUCUAUCACGGUGGAAGUUAGGAACAGGUUUUCCAUCUGCAAUAUAUACUAUGAUUAGAAUAGGUUGACUUCUUUUUGUACAGAAAAAAGUACUUAGUUUUCUGUUUCGAGAUAGCUGUACCUUGGCCAUGGAUCCUCCAGGGUAUGAGAGAGGCAAGUCAGGUGGAUACAGCUUUCCUGGCCAUCUGCUGAAGAUGGAAGCAGUGGGACCUGUUGGAUUACAGUUGUGAUUGACAAAAGUUGUAUCUGGUUUGGGAGCAAAAGCGGUGGAGCUGCUCAUUGCACUUAUUACCAGGCAAGUCUUCUGUUUGUCAAUGUUGUCCUUGCAAGGCACUAGUGAGUUGUAUUCUAAUAGCUGGACUAUGAAUCUCUAUUACACAUCAUUAAUAAGAAGGUGGUAAAUGAAAGCUUAGUUGCAAACAAGCUAAUGAAGCUGCCAACAUGAUAGGGGUACAAUGAAUCUUUUGUUCUUCUCACAGCAGCCAGUGAACGUAAUCCUGCUGUCCUGUUUACAGUGAACAAUGUACUUGAAGUCUUUUAUUGUACAUCCUACAUUUGUUUUUAAAGCAAUGAAUACACUGGUGUGUUCUUAAAUCCAUAA